AUGAGUCUCAGCAAUCCGCCGCACUCCGCCAGCGGGAGCUCGAUGUCAGAUGCCGCUUCGACAAGAUCCACGUUUGCUGGCGGUUUGAAUAAUAACGGAAAUCAACCUGGUAAUAACAGCAGCGGCCAGCAUCGCCAAACCCGAAAUCUAAAGAGGAGUGUUCAGGCAGCUUUUGACGGUAAUUAA